AUGGAGUCAUUUGAAGCUGUUAUUGGAUGCUCUGCUGCCAUUGCUGUGGGUGUGCUUGUGUUUGCUGUCUACAAACUUGGCUUACUCUACCAGUUGUUUCACAAGACGGAGACGAAGAGCCCGCGACACGGUGGCGAGAGCGUGGCAGAGGUGCUCCGCGCCCACGGGGUCAAGUACGUUUUCACACUUGUCGGUGGACACAUCUCACCUAUCCUGGUGGCUUGCGAGAAGUUGGGAAUUCGCAUUGUGGACACAAGACACGAGGCCACCGCUGUCUUCGCUGCUGAUGCUGUGGCGAGACUCUCAGGCACUGUUGGUGUAGCAGCAGUGACUGCUGGCCCGGGCCUCACAAACACAGUGACAGCAGUGAAGAACGCUCAGAUGGCUGAAUCUCCAUUGCUGCUCAUGGGAGGAGCUGCUGGUACACUACUUCAGGGCAGAGGAGCGCUGCAGGAUAUCGACCAGAUGUCUCUCUUCAAGCCGCUGUGUAAGUUCUGUGCCUCCAUCAGGACCAUCAGGGAGAUCGUGCCUACUGUCAGGAAAGCCCUGGCCAUCGCCCAGUCGGGAACUCCUGGUCCUGUUUUCAUAGAGUUCCCCAUCGACACGCUCUAUCCAUACCAUCUUGUGUCCAAAGAGUUUGGAGUUAAGAACCCUCCCAAAGGCCUGAUGGGAAAAAUUGUCUCAUGGUACCUCAAUAACCACCUCAUGAACCUCUUUGCUGGAGCCUGGGAGACGAGAGAUGUGUCUCCGCUUCCUGUUGACAUCCCACAAGCCACAGACGAUCAGGUACAAAAGUGUAUAGAGCUGGUGAGUCGAGCCAAGAAACCGGUUAUUCUGCUGGGUAGCCAAGCAACACUACCCCCAACGCCGGCUGAUGACAUCAGGAAGGCAUUGGAGGACCUGGGCAUCCCCUGCUUCCUUGGGGGCAUGUCCCGUGGCAUGCUGGGUAGAGACAGCCCCAUCCACAUCAGACAGAACAGGCGAGAUGCUCUGAAGGAGGCCGACUUGGUGCUCUUAAUAGGCACUGUGUGUGACUUCCGGCUGAGCUAUGGCAGAGUUCUGAACAGACGCAGUAAGAUCAUCGCUGUCAACAGAGACAAAACGCAGCUGCUGAAAAACUCAGAUAUGUUCUGGAAACCAACUAUAGCAAUUCAGGGUGAUGCUGGUUCAUUCAUAGCGCGGCUUUCCAAAGGCCUGAAGGGCCAUCGCUGUCCAGAGGAAUGGCCUCAGAGCCUCAAAGCAGGAGAUAUGACCAAAGAAAAUGCAAACAGGGCUAAAGCUGAUGAGAAGACCGACCGCCACUUGAAUCCUUUGAAAGUCCUCCACCGUGUGGAUGAGUUGAUGGCAGAGGACAGCAUCAUUGUUGCCGAUGGGGGUGAUUUUGUUGGAAGUGCCGCUUACAUAAUGAGACCAAGAGGACCUAUGCGAUGGCUAGAUCCAGGAGCCUUUGGGACCCUGGGAGUUGGAGGAGGAUUUGCCUUGGGAGCAAAACUGUGCCGGCCUGAAUCUGAGGUGUGGAUAGUGUAUGGUGAUGGCUCCUUAGGAUACAGUGUUGCAGAGUUUGACACAUUCACGAGACACAAGACACCAGUUUUAGCUGUGGUGGGAAAUGAUGCAUGUUGGAGUCAGAUAUCCAGAGAGCAGGUUCCCAUACUUGGCAGCAACGUGGCGUGUGGCCUUGCAUUUUCAGAUUAUCAUAUAGUGGCAGAUGGUUACGGUGGUAAGGGCUACCUUAUAGGAUGUGAGGAUGAGGACAGGCUGAGCGACAUCAUCACACAGGCUCAGAGGGAGACCCGGGAGGGCAAGGCUACGCUUCUCAAUGUUCUGAUAGGGAAGACCAACUUUAGAGAGGGCUCUAUCUCUGUAUAGAGCAGCUGUGGUUUCCUUUACCUUUGGCUCUUCAUAGACUUUACUAUGAGGCUCUAUGAAGGGUUUCAGAGAGGAGGAAUAUACAGCCCUGACCAGACCUAUGCUAAUCCUUUGUGCCCUUAAAGCCAUACUUCACUUUGGUAAGAGGAAAUUACUUUACAGUUUGUUGAUCUCCCUAUAAGAGUUCAUGGACUGUCAGCUACAACAUCACUUACUUUCCUCAUCAGAGUAGUCAAAAAUCAUACCAGUAAAACAUCUGCAAACACCAGAGUCAUGACUGAUAUUUCAAUAUCAAAGGGUGACUGUUUAUAAACUUGCAGUUUCUGUUAAUUACUUUUACGUUCUACUUAAGUGAAAUACUACAGCUCCAGAUCUGCCAGCCUAGAAACUAAAUCUUCUGUUGUGUCAUGCAACUUUCAGGUUCAUGUUGUGCUAUUUAAGAUAAUUGCUGCAUUUUAAGAAGGGAAAGAGGGAAAAGUAAGAAAAUCUUCCUUUGUUAAGGGAUUGCACCUCUUCAGGAGCUCGGGGUUAGAUUUUUGACCUUUAAACAGCCUAUUAAAACUUUCUUGCAAAUAAACCAGUGAGUGAAAAUCAUUGGUGAGAGAGAGCAUUGGUUUAAGUUAUCAAAUGCGACCAGUAUGCCUUUUCUCCUGUUAUCAAAUGAACAUGGAGCCUUUUUAUGAGGAGACAUGAAACUUAACAGCUGUAAUAUUCUUAUCGGUUGAUGAUUUGGGAUAAAAAUGUUUUAAAUGGAAAAUAUUUUUUUGAAUGUUGAUGAUUGAAAAAAUGGUAUGCCUUUUAAUGUUUGAUUGUGUCUUUGAAUACAUUGAUGUGUGUAGAUUGAAAAUGUGUCUGCUGAUUUGGUUAUGUAGUUGAAUGAUAUUUAAUACUAACUUGCAUUGAUGUGGGCUAUGAUUUCAAAUAUGCCUAUACACUAUGUAUUGCACUAUAAUUAUAACUUAUUUAAUCACCAGGUGAACACGUGUGGAUCAUCUCACUCCAAUAUAUAUUGCUGUUGUAUUGGGUACUUUGGAGGGAGCUAUGUCAAACUUUUGAUCAUACAAUGUUCAUUCUCAAAUAAAUUGAAAAAAGAAAGUGA